GCGGUUUAGACGACCAGAUUAAUGAACAAAUUCUACAUGCUGCAUUUGUUCCAUUUGGGGACAUUGUCGAGAUCCAAAUACCUCCAGAUCCGGCUUCUCAUAAUCAGCACCGCGGCUUCGGGUUUGUAGAAUUUGAAGAGGCUGUCGAUGCACAAGCCGCCAUUGACAACAUGAACUUAGCGGAGCUUUACGGCAAAGUAAUUAAGGUUAACUUGGCUAGGCCGAUGAAAAUUAAGGAGGGGAGUAUGCGAGCCGUAUGGUCCGAGGACGCGUGGUUACAAAAAUAUGCGCUUAAGUCUGCUGACCCUAUGGUACCGUUUGAAUCGGACGAAGAGAAAGAAACGAGCAAAACAACAAGCAUGGACAUUUCUACAGAUCAACAAUGA